AUUCCUGGGGCUGAUGGAGUGCUGUACAGAUACAGCUUAGUGAGCAGUCCAGUUUCCUUAAGAUCUAAAUCUACCAUCACAUUAGGGUGUGGAUCCUGGAACUGCAGUUCACCAGAAUGAGUGCUUUGGUAGCUUACGAUGACUCUGAUGACUCCGAUGAGCCUGAAAAGAUACAGGAUUGUGUUAUGCCGAGAAAACCAGUUCCUGCUGAAAGUUCGAUGGCACCUUUUAUGGCAUCAAUUCCACGGUAUGACGUAAAUGUGCCCAUUCCUUGGAAGAAAGACUCUCCCAGGGAUGGUGGGGGCUUAUCUUUUAUGUGCACAUAUGAAAGCACAGUAGACAGAAAUGAACCUAUAUCCAAAAACACUGGGCACAGUUUACCAUGCAGCAUUUUUAACCCUGUGAACGAUAUGAGGACAUCUGAAAAAACAUUUAACAAAUCCAGCGUGUAUGCGCAAAAGAGGCCCACAGACACUCCAUGCAGUGAACGAAUGGUUAAACCUUACAUACCCAAAAGAAUGAAGCAAGAGCAUUCGUCAUGUUCGGAGGAUUCUGGAGGGGCUGGGAUUGCAACGCAGACGUCUAUUUCUUCGCCUCUUUCAUCUCGGAACGUUUUCAGAGUUUCUGAUUAUCUCAGGCCCUAUUUGCAUUCAAAGUACAGCUCCACUGAGAUUCCUCACAAACUGGUGUUUCUGAUGAAUGAACACAACGGUCCUGUGAACAGAGUUCAGUGGAAUCCCGUGAAACAAUACAGUCAUCUGCUUCUCUCCGCUUCAAUGGACACAACUGUCAAGGUCUGGGAUGCAGUGGACUGUGGCAAAUGUUUGAGCGCUAUCUCAAGCCAUAGUAAAGCUGCCCGCGAUGCUCAGUGGUCUGAAUGCGGACAGAAAAUUCUUAGCGGUGGUUUCGACUCAAUGCUUUACUUAACAGAUGUUGAAACGGGGAAGCAACUAUACAAGGCAAGAAAUGACUUUAAGAUCAGUGUUGUUCGGUUCCAGCCAAAUGAGCCCAAUAUUUUUCUUUGUGGAGGAUUUUCACCUGCGCUAAAAGCAUGGGAUUGCAGGCUUGAUAAGCCAAUACAGACAUAUAGAGCUGCGGUUCAGCAACAUUUUGAAGUCCUUUUUCUUCGUGGUGGCAAAGAGUUCCUCAGUACCACUGACUCAGUAAGCCGGGAUUCUGCAGACCGCACCAUCAUCGCCUGGGACUUUGGUACUGCAGCAAAAAUAUCCAAUCAAAUAUUCCAUGAACGUUACACUUGUCCAAGUCUUGCCCUUCAUCCAAAGGAAAAUACUUUUAUCGCUCAAACCAAUGGGAACUACAUAGCUUUAUUUUCCGCCCAGCGUCCGUACAAGAUGAACAAGAAGAAAAGAUUUGAAGGACACAAGGUGGAGGGAUUCGCUGUUGGAUGUGAGUUCUCCCCAGAUGGAUCUCUUAUUGUAACAGGAAGUUCUGAAGGCAACAUUUCCUUUUACAACUACCAUACAGCGAGAGCGUUACGCUGUAUUCCUGGUGACGGCGGUGCUUGUAUCAGCGUCACUUUUCAUCCUGUUAUCCCGUCGCUUCUUGCAUCAUCGUACUGGGACGGGCAGAUCCGAGUGUGGCAGUGAUCAAUAAAUGGUAUUAUAACAUGACCACCAACGAUUAUAGUACUUCCACAUCUUAGAAUACAAUUACAAUUAAGCUGGUUCCAAGUUUGCCAUUGCAAAUUGGUUUUAAAUCACAUGUUCAGUGACAAACAAUGUCAUGGUAAGGACAAAGAGGUCAUCGCUAAGAACAAGCAAUGCUGUCGCAUAACUAUUAGAAACCCAUCUUAUUUGUAUACCAUGGGAGAGUCAUUCUCAACUUCCACUUCUCAUGAUCUCCAUGAUUAUUCUUCCCCAUUGACUUAAUAACCAUAAAUAGGGCACAUCCAUUAUGUUAGAUUAUGUUUUAUUUAUAGAGCACAAACAGAUUAUACAAAGUUGCUUGUGUAUUUGUUUCCUUAAUGAAGGUUUUGACACUCAUUAAUCUCCAAA